AUGUCUUCAUCUGGCUUUUCUCCCGAGUAUCUCGCUGAGGACUCUAGCGGAGCAUCAUUUGCACAGAUUACUGCACUCCCAGCCUUAGCAACCUUGUUUGUGGUGUUACGAAUUGGUGUUCACCUUUGGCGCAAAGUUGGCUUCCAGCUUGAUGGCUGGUUGACCCUAGUGUCGAUUGUAAGGGACCAUCUUUAUAACCUGGUGCUAGAUUAUGCUGAUUGCUCUCACCUGAACGUCCGUGUCGGCAGGCAUGUGGCAGUCCUCAAUAGGGAUGAGAUUACUAUCAUGCAGAUGUACUUCUUCAUAUCCUAUCACCUCUAUGCAACGGUAUUAGCUACGACCAAGUGGAGCAUCCUGGCCAUGUACUAUCGCAUGUUCCCCACCCGCUUCAUGAGAUGGAGUACCCUGGCAAUAGGACUUGUAGUAACAGCGUGGUGGCUCGCAUGUAUCUUUGUAUCGGUCUUUGGAUGCCAUCCCAUCCGCCGAAACUGGGACCCAUUCGUCGAGGGUUGGUGCAUCGACAAUGUCAAGGGUUUCAUCGGAAAGGCAGUGCCCAACUUCACUACUGAUUUUGUGAUGCUCGCACUACCCAUUAUGGAGGUGCGAAAAUUGCAUAUGAAGACCACGCAGAAAAUUGCUCUUGGGACUGUGUUCUUGACGGGGGGGCUAGGGUGUGCCGCGAGCAUUGUGCGAUUCGCGCAAAUCAGGGAGCUAUCUAAGGAUAACGCGGAUCCGUCGUGUGAGCGACCCACUGUCCCUACCCCCGACUAG